AUGACAGACAAAUUUUUAGAUACUCAAGUUCGCAGGCUUCUACCUAUUGCAAAUCGUUACAAAGUAUACUCUGUGGUUCGGAAAUGUGAAUUCCAACUUCUUUGUUUGUUGGAAAAUGACGCGUCUUCGGAAACUCUUCAAAGAUAUUUCAAUCUUGCACUGUGGUACAACUUGAAAACGUUAUGGAAUGUCUGUUUGAAACGUGUGACUUCUCUGGAAGAGUUGAAGGUCUACACGAGUCAAAUGAAUGUUGGAUCGAUGCCAGGAGAAGCGAUGAAAAAAAUGAUAAUGUUCCAUUCACCAAUAAUCGAAUCAUUCAUUGGUACAGGAUUCAGAAGAAUGCCAAUGAUUCGUCACUCUUAUUACUGUGAACUGCUUCUACAACUGAUUCAUGGAACUCAAUUACAACUGAGUUAUACUCAAGUUCGCAGGCUUCUACCUAUUGCAAAUCGUUACAAAGUAUACUCUGUGGUUCGGAAAUGUGAAUUCCAACUUCUUUGUUUGAUGGAAAAUGACGCGUCUUCUGAAACUAUUCAAGAAUAUUUCAAUCUUGCAUUGUGGUACAACUUGAAAACGUUAUGGAAUGUCUGUUUGAAACGUGUGACUUCUCUGGAAGAGUUGAAGGUCUACACGAGUCAAAUGAAUGUUGGAACGAUGCCAGGAGAAGCGAUGAAAAAAGUAGCACAACGCAUUUUUUCGUUUGCCUAA